AUGCCGAGCUUCCAUCUCGAUUCCAACUCGGCGCGGAUGUUCGUCAUCCUCGCCUUGCUCAUCGUCGGCGGAUUCUUCCACUGGGCAUGGAGGGCCGAGGCCGCCCUGGCGGCUCCAUGGGUCCCGGAUCCGGCAUCGAGGCAGUUCGCCCAGGUGCCGCUGCCAGCCCCGCUGCCCGAGACGAGCAUUGAGUCGUACACCCUACCGCUAAGGACAAAGGGAAGGGACAUAGUGGACAUGACAGGGCGGAGGUUCAAGCUGGCAAGCAUCAAUUGGUACGGCGCUUCGGAUGAGCUGUUUGUUCCUUCUGGCCUAGACAUACAACAUAGGGAGACAAUUGCUGAGACGAUCCGCAACUUGGGCUUCAACUCGGUCCGGUUACCGUACGCCGACGAGAUGGUCAUAACAAAUCCGGAGAUCAUGCCACAUUUGUUGACUGCGAACCCGGACUUGGUUGGCUUGAGGGCGCUGGACAUAUUCGAGGCUGUUGUAGACACAUUGACGGACGCUGGCAUCGCGGUGAUCAUCAACAACCACAUCACGAGCGCGACCUGGUGCUGCGGUGCCGAUCCCUGCGACGCCGGCUGGGCAAAUGAUCAUCUUGGCCCGCUGUGCCGUGUCCAGCAGACCGAAGAGGGAUGGAUCCAGAACUGGGAAACAAUCAUGGAUCGUUUCGUAGGGAAUCCCUUGGUCAUCGGAGCCGACCUCCGGAACGAGGUUCGGGGCCUGUGGGGAACCAUGCCAUGGGAGAAGUGGGCAACGGCCGCAGAGAUGGCGGGCAAUCGACUACUCAAGAUGAAUCCAGACUGGUUGAUCGUCGUCGGGGGCACCGAGUCCGGCAAUGAUCUUUCUGGCGUGGAGCGGCGGCCGGUAGAGCUUGACUUCGACGAUCGGGUUGUUUACUCGGCGCAUGUCUAUGCCUGGUCUGGCUGGGGUAGCUACGACGGGCGGUACAGUAAACGCAGCUACGCGAGCUUCGCCAAGUCGAUGCGCUACAACUGGGCGUAUCUCGUCGAGGGAAACCUGGCGCCGGUGUGGAUCGGCGAGUUCGGGGCACCGGAACACCCCGGGCAAGGCGAUGCCCAUUACUGGAAGAACCUGCUGCGAUACCUUAAGGCGAUUGAUGCCGACUUUGGUUACUGGGCUAUCAAUCCGCGCAAGCCCAAGGAGAACUCCAAGGAGACUUACUCCUUGGUUGAGGAUGAUUGGAUUACCCCGGUCCUGGACUACCGGAUGCGUGACAUCACUGGGCUGAUAAGGGCGUAA